CUUUUUUUCUCGGUCUCGACUCCCACUUGGUGCUGGCGCUUCGUUCUUACACUCUUUUUAUCCCCCAAACGUUCAUUCCCUGCAUUUUAUCCAUACAGCAGACUUGAAUAUGCCCAGCGAAGUAUCUGACGACGGCGUUGCGACUCCAGUCUCCGCCAAGGUCAGUAACCUCACCUUGACCGAGUCCGCGCUUGCAACUCCCACCUCCGAAAAAGGGGAGGACUCGACUGCCUACAACUGGGGCAUCCCCGACGACUAUCUUCUUCCCAAUGGUUACCCAGAUUACCUCCGGUUGAUCUUAACGUCCCGGGUCUACGACAUUAUCGACGAAACCCCUCUCCAUCAUGCCGUCAACCUCAGCAACCGCCUGGAGUGCCGUGUGCUGCUCAAGCGUGAGGACCUGCUUCCUGUUUUCAGUUUCAAGUUGCGCGGGGCCUACAACAAGAUGGCUCACUUGACUCACGAGCAGCGGUGGAAGGGUGUCAUUGCAUGCUCUGCCGGAAACCAUGCGCAGGGAGUUGCCUACUCUGCCCGCCAUCUCAAGAUCCCUGCCACCAUUGUCAUGCCUUCGGGCACCCCCGCGAUUAAACACCUUAACGUCGCUCGCCUGGGCGGAAGCGUCGUUCUCCACGGCAAUGACUUUGACGCGGCCAAAGACGAAGCUCACCGCCUGCAGCAACAGCACGGGCUCACCAACAUUCCUCCCUUCGAUGACCCUUACGUGAUUGCUGGCCAAGGAACCAUUGGUAUGGAACUCCUGCGCCAGGCCAACCUGCAGAAACUUGAGGCUGUUUUCUGCGCUGUCGGUGGAGGAGGCCUGAUUGCUGGCAUUGGAGUGUAUCUCAAGCGCAUCGCGCCUCACGUCAAGAUCAUUGGUGUCGAGGCCCACGAUGCCAACGCCAUGCACCAGUCUCUCGACUCUGGGUCGCGCGUGUUCCUUAAGGAAGUGGGUCUGUUCGCCGAUGGCGCGGCGGUCAAGUCCGUUGGAGAGGAGAACUACCGGCUGGCCCGUGAAGUUAUUGAUGAAGUUAUUCAGGUCUCGACCGACGAGACAUGCGCUGCUAUCAAGGAUGCCUUCGAGGACACCCGUUCCAUCAUUGAACCGGCGGGUGCUCUGGCUCUGGCUGGCCUUAAGAAGUAUGUUAGCAUGUAUCCCAGCCCUGACACAAACCGGGAGUUGUGUGCUAUCACUUCUGGUGCCAACAUGGACUUUGAUCGUCUGCGUUUCGUCGCUGAGCGUGCUGCUCUGGGUGAGCGGAAGGAGGCUCUUCUGAGUGUCAACAUCCCCGAGAAGCCGGGCGCAUUUGCCAAGCUCGUUGAAGUUAUUCUUCCCCAUGCGGUCACUGCCUUCAGCUACCGGUAUGCCCACGAUGCCUCUGCCGACGUCCUGAUGGGUAUCUCCUUGUCUGCGUUGACGGGCCAAGACGAUUUGGCCAAGAUCAUGACUCACCUCACCAAGGAGGGUAUGAGUGUGAAGGACUUGAGCGACGACGAGCUCGUCAAACGGCACGUUCGUUUCCUCGUCGGUGGACGCAGCAGCGUCCAGAAUGAGCGAUUGUUCAUGUUCGAGUUCCCUGAGCGCCCCGGUGCUCUGGCCAAGUUCUUGACCACUCUUCGCCCCAACCAGAACAUCUCGUUGUUCCACUACCGCAACUACGGCGGAGAUGUGGGCAAGGUGCUUGCUGGUAUCCAGUGCCCCGAGACUGAAAAGGAAGAACUUGAGGCUUUCUUGAGAGACUUGGGAUACCCCUUCAGCGAGCACACCGACUCUUCAACCUACCAAACUUUCCUUCGUGCUUAAAAUAUUCAGCAACUUUCUUGAGUCGUUUUCUUCCGUUUGGGAGAAAGCUUAAAGAGUCUUUUUGAUUCCCUUCUUGUCAAUUCAUAUGGGCGUUCUUGUUGGGCAUAGUGACGAUAGAGCUUGGGCUGUUUCUUCUUAGUGUGAGAGUGCUAGGCAUUGUUCCGUACAUAGAAUUCGAAAUACUACCUAUAAUGUUGC